AGCGUAUCGUACUUCGGUCCACAACGCAAUCGGCAACCCAUCAUCGUCAUCCAGUAAGCCGCCACCACCUUGAAGUGGCUUUGGGUAUAACCCCAUCAACCCCACAAUCACAAGGACAAGGACAGAACACAAUUUUCUGUUGCAUUGGCGAUAUCACAUUUGUUCUUUUAAAAAGCAGUCCAUCACAAUGCGUUUCUCCAGUGCGUUCCUCUUCCUCUCUCUAACAACGGCCGCGACUGCCUUCGUUCCCGUGGCCCAACACGCCGCCCGCACCAGUCCCCUUUCGCAAGCGGCCGAUGGCUCGAACAUCCCAGGGCCUCCCUACUCGGGGCCCGCCGUCAAGCCCAUCUUGGACUCGAUCGAAUCCCCGGACGAUAUGAAGCGAUUAGAUAUGCGUCAACUCAAGCAGUUGGCCAACGAAGUUCGAUGGGAAGUCUUGGAAUCCGUCUCCAAGACGGGUGGUCACUUGAGUUCGUCCUUGGGUGUCAACGAAUUGACCGUGGCUCUCCACUACGUCUUUGACAUGCCCGAGGACGACAUUAUCUGGGAUGUCUCGCACCAAUGCUAUGCUCACAAAGUCCUAACUGGACGUCGACACCGCAUGUCCGGACUUCGACAGGCCGGUGGUAUCUCUGGUUUCUGCAAGCGCAAGGAAAGUGAAUACGAUUCCUUUGGUGCUGGACAUUCCACCACAUCCAUCUCGGCCGCACAGGGUAUGAGCAUUGCCAAAUCCAUGCUCGGUAAAAGAAAGAACAAUUGCAUUGCUGUCAUUGGUGAUGGUGCCAUUACCGGAGGUAUGGCCUACGAAGCCAUGAACUCGGCGGGAUACUUGAAAAAUAGAAUGAUUGUCAUUCUCAACGACAAUGGACAAGUCAGUUUGCCCACUGGAACCCCCAGUGCCGGUGGUGUCGUGCCCGCCUCGCAGCUGUCGGCCUACACAUCGAACUUGUUGGUCUCCAAACCGUUCCAAGAUUUCCGUUCCUUCGCCAAGAGCUUUAACAAAUUGCUUCCCAGUCAAGUGCAAGAUGUCAACAAACGUCUCGACGAAUACGCUCGUGGUAUCGUGUCGGGAGGUACACUCUUUGAGGAAUUGGGAUUCUACUACGUCGGACCCGUGGAUGGACAUGAUUUGGACAACAUGAUCCCCAUUCUGGAAAAGCUCCGUGAUUCCGACAGCAACAAACCCGUCUUGCUGCAUCUCAAGACCGUCAAGGGAUACGGAUACCCACCUGCACUGGAGGCUUCCGAUCGUAUGCAUGGUGUGGGCAAAUUCAAUCUUGGCACCGGUGUCCAAGUCAAGGGUAAAUCCGUGGCUCCUUCGCUGACAUCCAUCUUUGCCAAUGCAUUGAUUGAUCAAGCCGCGGAAGAUCGGUCCAUUGUCGGUAUCACUGCCGCCAUGCCCGGUGGUACGGGAAUGGAUAUUUUCGGACGACGAUUCCCCAAACGUACCUUUGAUGUGGGCAUUGCCGAACAACACGCCGUCACCAUGGCUGCCGGUAUGGCCUGCGAAGGAUUAAAGCCAUUCUGCUGCAUCUACUCCACUUUUAUGCAACGCGGAUACGAUCAAGUUGUCCACGACGUGGCCAUUCAAAACUUGCCCGUUCGAAUGAUUUUGGAUCGUGCCGGAUUGGUCGGUAACGAUGGACCAACCCAUCAUGGAUGCUACGACUUGGCGUACCUUGGUUGCAUCCCCAAGUUGACCAUCAUGGCACCCAGUAAUGAAAUCGAAUUGAGAAACAUGGUUGCUACCUGUGCCGAUUUUGAUGAUGGUCCUACUGUCCUUCGAUACCCACGUGGAACUGGAUACGGUGCCGAAACAUUGGAAAAACUGUUCGGAUACAAGUUGGAGAAUGGUGAAGUUCCUACCAAGGGAGAAAUAUUGGAAAUCGGAAAGGGUUACAUUGCACGCAGCAUUGGUGGAUUCAACAACAAGGAGUCUAGCAGCCGCGGCAAGUCUCGCAAGGACCGUGUUGCCAUUCUUUCCUUCGGAACUCGUCUUCACGAAUCUUUGCAGGCGGCCCAAGAAGUGGAAGACAUGGAUCCCAGUUUGGGUGUGACCGUUGCUGAUGCUCGUUUCAUGAAACCUCUGGAUGUGGAUUUGGUGCGACAAUUGGCUGAUGAGCACUCGGUCUUGAUCACCAUUGAAGAAGGCUCCAUUGGUGGAUUUGGCGACCACGUGCUUCACUUUUUGGCCUUGGAUGGAUUGAUGGACGAUGGCAACUUGAAGUUCCGUCCCAUGGUUAUCCCCGAUACCUACUUUGAAACUGCCACGCAAUAUGAACAAUACGAACGGGCUGGACUCAACUCGGAGCACAUUCGAGGCACCAUCUUGCGAUUGACAAAACGAAUGAAUGUCCCCGUUCUGGAAGAAGAGGAGGUGGAAGUUGAGAACUAGGAAGAGCACGGUCGUUUCGCCGACUCAACAUUGGGAGUGAGAACACAACGCUAGAAAACAAAACAGCACUGCUACAGCUUGUAUGGACGAGGUAGUUGGAGGCUGACCAAACUUGCAUAAUAUUGUUUUUACAAAAUGGCAGGCGGUGCCAUGGCCACUAUUACUACUCGGAUAGAUGCUUUUGUUGCAACCUGAUUACUCCUGGCAUAGCGCGAUGAAUAGGCACUACGAAAAGUUGCCGACGCUGCUGUUGCCUAAAACUCCCGUUGAGGGUUGUCGCCGUGAAUGAUUGCCUAUUUCGUUGGCUGGACACGACAGUGUUUCAUCCCUUGCCCCCCGCAAGAUCAGAUUUACGCCUCUGGAGACCCCGUGGCCUUGCGCUUUCGUGCGCUGUUGAGGUCCAGGGUGCGUCCGUGGCUACUAUGGCUAGCAACCGGCAACCACGUUGAAGGCUGAAGACGGAGCAGCCCGAAUUGUAGAUUCGUGAUCAUUGUCUGCUUGGCAUCACCGGUAAAUUUCAAAAAACCAAUGCCACGACCAAUCGCCUCAGCCGAAACCACUUCAACAAAGUCCUCGAGUUGGGCACUUUUUGCUUUGCCACGCCCACAGAAAUUCAACAUUGUUGUGUAGUCGAUGAGCCUCUGCUUGUCGUUGCCUCUGGUCCGAUCAAGGAACCAGGUUUUGUUGAUGCGUCUCUUCAAUUCAGGAAAAAGUAGCGAAAAUGCGUCGAUUGUAACAGCAUCCUUAGAGAUCAAAACCAACCUGAAUCGUGUAUUGCGACCAAGAAUCGUCAGCAUCUCAUCCUGGUACAUAUCAACUUCCGUUUGGUUCCGCAAAUACUCCAGCCGGAGGUAAGCCAUAGUAUUACUCUUGCCAACAGCAUCAAUCAGUGGCAAUAGCAGCCCUGCUUCCGCUGUUUCACCCUGCACCAUCAGAUCCAGAAGUCUUCCCUGCUUGACCAAACCACACAGAGACUCACACAACUCCUGGGACACCUUCCAUGGUGGUUGAACGAAAAUAUGCAAACAUUGGAGGUUUUUCAUGUGGACGAGCAAGCUUUGUAUGGGGGAGAAGUCCGGUUCAUGCUGAGGAUGAUUGUACGAAAUUGAGAAAACUUGAAUACGCGAGUUCCCUCCACUCUCUUCGAGCAGUCUUUUUGCUGGGUCAACCAUUUCCUUCAGCGAUCCAUCAUUUGGACCGGUAGCUGCCUGGAUUCCAAAAGUUUCGAUGUGCAGGUACCUGGUGAAAUUGGUUCCCCGGAAGAGCAUGGGAAGCAUCUCGGUGACCUCUGCUCUGGUCAACUCCUUGCGGCGAAUGUAUAUUGUGUCCGUUUUCUUCAGAAUGACAUCAAAAGCUUCCAUACUACGUGGAUCACUGAGAGAUGUUCUGAUUUGCUGACGGAGGGGUAGGUGCAAUGGCAAAUGGGAAUAGCUGCCAAGAGUGAAUGCACUGAAUUCUCUUUUACUGGGCAAGCAUUGUAGCAUUGAGACCAGCAGAUCCCGAGGGAAAAUGGUGGAAAACAGUGCCAUGCUCAGCGGACAGGCGAGAGUUUUAUCCGUCAGGCAUCCCGGAAAAGUGUACACAAGCUUCACAAGGUUCGCCAUGACCUUUGCCGACUCCCAACUACGCGCAGGUUCUGACUGCAGUACAGGAAUGGCGUCCACCAAUUGCCUAGCCAGAAGUAGAGUAAUUUCACGACGGCUAACUCGCUUCUUUUCGACAAGAAAACGUAGGACCUCAGGACGAGCGUUGUACUGGUAGCGGAAGGCAUCCUCAAUUACUUCUUUCGUCAGAGAUUCUGGAUUGCGGUUGUACAGAUACUCGACUCUUGACAAAAGUGCUCUUGACCGUACAGCCGCUUGUAGGUUGGAAGGCUUGGCGAAGAGUGAUGACAAAAGCUCUCUUGCCCUUUGAAAGGCCCUUUCAGCCUCUGGUCGGUCAGACCCUUGCCUGGGCCUCCAGAUUCUAUCCAUACUAAUGCUUUCGGGGCUUGAGAUGUUGUUGUUGUCCUGUCUGGUUUGAGGGAACAGCAGCAGCAGCAGCAGUAGUCGGAUGAACGGAUUGCGAGAGGAGAGGAGAUGAAGUUGGUUGGUUGCUCCGACGUCGACGCUUUGUGUUGUCCAAAAGCGAAGAAAAAAAGCGGUUAUGCGAAAAAUAACAUCAGCCACUGUAGCUAGCUAGGCGUAAAAGCCCCCCAAAUUUUCGACC